AUGCGAAAAAUAAAACAGUUAGAUGAUGGUCAAAUGGUUGCUUAUAUUAAUGAUAUGGAAGCUUUAUGUAAGAGAAUUAAUAGUAAUAUGUUGGAGACUAAAUUAGUAAGAAAUGUAAUGAAAGAUUUUAAACCAAGUAUUGCUAGAUAUGUUAGUAUUCUUGAUGAUUGCAAUUUAGAAGAGUUAAAAAGAAAUAUUCAAAAGUAUGAAAUGCUAGUAACAUUAAGAGAAAAAGUAUUACAAUGCACUCGGGGCGAAGCGUUAAGCGUGAUUCAAAGGGAACUGCCGUACGAUUUAGUCAUGAUGGCUAAAUCGUAUUUCGAGUGUGGUUUAUGUACUUCUUCUCUGCUUACUAGUAGAAGAUUGGAGUCUUCUGUCGACCAAAGUGUGGACAGCAGAUACAGUUCCGGAAGACAUCAAAACAAUAGAGUUGAAAAAUUGUACCGAGCAGUUUGGUCCGAACAUGAGUUCGUUGUUGGGAAAGGCAUGGAAACGUUUGACCAAAAACUGGCGGAAUAUUCAAGUCGGGCAGCUCGUACGAGUUCUUCAGACGGAAGAACUCAACACGGGCGACAAGAUUCAACCAUCGUCGUUUCAACACACGACGACCACAUCCAUGUCACGCACACUUGUCCUAAUACAAACGGAGCUUGUAGGUGUGCGUGGUGGAAAGCGUCAGCGUUCUCCAGCGCCUUUCUCCGACGAGAACUCCGACGACGAAGCCGAGUCGCUGAUCUCACGGAAAGCGAUUGGAAGGUAAUCCUGGGAUAUUUUAGUGGACAAGGAAGGACUGUCGUCCUCCUUGUCGUUGGAGGUAGACCCGCUCGAACUCUGUUACGAACUGAGGCUGUACCGUUGUCAAGAAAUCAGGAAUGUGGAAAAGAAGGAACUCUGGAAGCAUACAAUUCUUCAUUUGAAGGGCACGAGCCUCCAGAACUCCGAGGACCACAAUUAUUUGAGAAAAUUGACGAAAGUGACGUUGCGUUAGAUCAAGUCGAGCGGGGAAGACUUCAAAUGCGUACCGAAAAGAAGAAGAGAUUAACAAAGGAAAACAUUAGGUCUGCCUCUAACGAGUUGCUCCGUUCUCACACGACUUCACCUCCCCACUGUAUAUUUAGAACGCCUGAAUAUUUUAACAAUGAACUUUUCAACGAUCUCCACCCUCAGAUCAUAUUAGCUACAAACGCGAUUGAUAAAUGGUGUGGCAUUUUAAAUCAUUGGUCUAUGGAGGACUAUGAGUUAUUUUACUCUAAUCCUUUGUGUACACCUUAUAUCAAUGCCUAUCAGUACAGUAUUCACAACGCCUAUUAUUCGGUAGAAUAUUCGUUAAUAAUUGUGAAUAGUUUGUAA